AAUGGCUGGUAAGUAAUUAACGUAUAUAAAAAUUGCCCAUAAAUGCAAUUCUUUUGUUUCUAGAUGAACGUCCUUCCACAAGCGCAAGCGCAAGGGAUUACAAUAAAGGCGGUGGAUGGAAUUUUGCGCGUUUGGUGUUGGAGUUGAGGACCCAUGAGCAGGGGACUCAAUUCGCGGAGGAGCACGGCUUAAUCCCAAAUACAAGGGUUUGCCCCUUUCAUAAGUUACCUAUGAAUAGGCGAAAGGGUGGCAAGUUUGGGUUUUUCGUAUGCCGGCGGGGAAAUUGUGCCAAAAGACCCCGCGUAUCUGUAGCUGCAGGGACGUGGUUCGAGGGGGUCCGUAUAAGCGUGCCCCACGUGUACUAUCUCAUGUACGCCUUCGUUGAGAACUUCAGCCGAGAAAUGGUUCUGCGCCAAGACCACGUGAAAGAACAAACAACUCUCUCAUCUGCGACUAUCACCGACUGGUAUAGCUAUUGUCGAGAAGCCGUGGUAAUAUACCAGUUGGACCACCAAGAAGCCAGCGGAAAAAUAGGUGGUCCGGGGAAGAUAGUCCAGAUUGACGAGAGUAAAUUUGGAAAACGCAAGUUCAAUAAAGGCAGACGAGUGGAGGGUCACUGGGUCUUGGGCAUGAUCCAAGAUGGCAGCGAGGAUCUACGCCUGGAAGUAUGCCCAGACAACUGCAGGUCAGCGGAUAUUCUGAUUCCGCUGAUCAAGAAGCAUGUGGCCGAGGGGUCGAUCAUAAGGACGGAUUUUUGGCGCGCAUAUGAUUGCCUUUCUGAUCAUGGUUUCACCCAUCAGAAGGUCAAUCAUAGCGACGCCAUUAAUCCGUUUAUCGCAGAAGACGGGACCCACACACAGCGGAUAGAAUCGCAAUGGAGGGUGGUGAAGCGAUUCUUUUCUACGCGGAAUUACAACCACACCGGUAAUUUCGCUGAUGUGGUAGUGGAGUACUUGUGGAGGCGUAACACAAAAAAGGCCAAAAAGGAUAUGUUUUUGGCAUUAAUAGAGGCUAUUAAAUAU